AGUACUUCUGGGUUUAGAGCCUGGCUCAGCUUCUUAUUUUCUCUGCUUCUUUCCUGAGGAUGCAAUAUGACCAGAAGCCUCUGCUCCUUCUACCACACCUUCCUUGCCUCGUUGGAAUUUAUGCCUUCAAACUAGAGACACAAAAUUCUGCUAUGUGAAGUCCCAUUGCAGGGAGCCACCUGAGGAAGAAGCAGGACCCUGACUCUUCUGAAGAAAAUGGCCGCUCCCCUGGAGGCCUCUGAGGAGCGAGUUUCUGAGUUUGAUUACAAUUUUCUCCGUGAGCUCUCUGCUCUUCUUGGUAUGGACAUGGGUCAGCUUGUAAGGAGUCAAGAAGAAGAAGAACAUAAGUUACGAAUGAAAAUGAAGAAAGGUUUUAACCCACAGAUGCGCAGUGAAGCCAAACGAUUAAAGACUUUCGUGACUUAUGACACAUACAGUUCAUGGACGCCACAGGAGAUGGCAGCCGCUGGGUUUUACCAUACCGGGGUGAAUCAUGGGGUUCAGUGCUUCUGCUGUAGUUUAAUCCUCUUUGGUACCAGCCUAAGGAAAACUCCCAUAGAAAACCACAAGAGAUGGCGUCCGGAAUGUGCGUUCCUCUUGGGCAAAGAUGUUGGGAAUAUUGGCAAGUAUGACAUAAGGGUGAAGAGGCCAGAGGAGCUGAGGGGCGGCAAAGCAAGGUACCAAGAAGAGGAGGCCAGACUGGAGUCCUUUGAGAACUGGCCGUUCUAUGCCCAUGGGACAUCGCCACGUGUACUCUCAGCAGCUGGCUUCGUCUUUACAGGUAAAAGGGACACCGUGCAGUGUUUCUCCUGUGCUGGAUGCUUGGGAAACUGGGAAGAAGGAGAUGAUCCUUGGAAGGAGCAUGCCAAGUGGUUCCCCAAACUUGAACUUUUCAAAUGCUGGUCUCACAAACAUCUGUUUUUUCUCUCUCCCCACAACUUCCAAGCUUACUUCAAUGACAGUGUCUUUGCUAAUGAAGAGCUAAGGCUGGACACUUUCAAGGACUGGCCCCAAGAAUCACCCGUGGCUGUUGAAGAUCUGGUCAGAGCAGGCCUUUUCUACACAGGCAUAAGGGACACUGUCCAAUGUUUCUCCUGUGGCGCAUACAUGUGGAAAUGGGAGGAAGGUGACGACCCGUUAGAAGAUCACACCAGGUUUUAUCCCAACUGUGUCUUUCUGCAAAACCUAAAGUCCUCUACUGAAGUGAUUCCAGCCCUUCAGAGCGACUCUGCACUUCUGAAAGCCAUGGACAGCACAGGGGAAAGCCGUCAUGAGGACCGAGCGGCAGUUCACUCCACCAUGGCCGACCUGGCUCGCAGGGAAGCCCAGUGGUUUCAAGAGGCAAAGAGUCUGAGUGAGCGGCUGAGAAGAGCCUACACCAAAGCCACUUUCCGCCACAUGGAUUUGCCAGAGGUGUGUUCCAGCCUAGGCACUGACCACUUGCUUGGGUGUGAUCUGACCAUCGUCUCAAAGCACAUCAGCAGGCCAGUGCAAGAGGCCAUGAUGCUCCCCGAGGUCUUCACCAACCUCAGCUCUGUCAUGUGUGUGGAGGGGGAGACCGGCAGUGGGAAGACAACCUUCCUGAAGAAAACAGCUUUCCUCUGGGCAUCAGGAUGCUGUCCCCUGUUGAACAGGUUCCAGCUGGUCUUCUACAUCUCCCUGAGGUCCACCAGACCAGACCAGGGGCUGGCCGACAUCAUCGGCGCCCAACUCCUUGAGGCAGGAGGAUGCGUUAGUGACGUGUGCCUGAGCAGCAGCAUCCAGCAGCUAAGGCACCAGGUGCUGUUCCUGUUGGAUGACUACCGUGGGAUGGACUCACUGCCCCAAGCCAUACAAACACUAAUUACAAAAAACUACUUAUCACGAACCUGCCUGUUGAUCGCUGUCCAUACAAGCAGGGCCAGGGCCAUCCGCCCAUACCUAGAUACAAUCCUAGAGAUCCAAGGGUUUCCCUUCUAUAAUACUGUCUCUGUACUACGGAAGUUCUGCUCACAUGAUAUAACCCGUGUGGAAAAGUUUAUGGUAUACUUUGGAAAGAAUGUGGAUUUGCAGGGAAUUCACAAAACCCCCCUCUUCGUUGCAGCAGUCUGUACUGACUGGUUUCAAAAUCCUUCUGACCAGUCCUUACACGAUGUGGCAGUUUUCAAGUUCUAUAUGAGAUACCUUUCCUUACAGCACAAGGCUACACCUGAGCCUUUCAGGGCCACUGUGUCCUCGUGUGGCCAGCUGGCCUUGCGAGGGCUUUUCUCAUCUUGCUUUGAGUUCAGUAGUGAGGACCUCACAGAAGCAGGAGUCGAUGAAGAUGAAGAUCUGACCACCUGCCUGCUGAGUAAAUUCACAGCCCAGAGACUGAGCCCUGUCUAUCGGUUCCUAAGUCCUUUGUUCCAAGAAUUUCUUGCUGCCAUGAGGCUGACUGAACUCCUGAGUUCAGAAAGAAAGGAAGACCAAGAUCUGGGACUUGAUUAUUUGAGACAGAUUAACUCACCCUUGAAGGCUAUGGGUACCUACAACAAUUUUUUGAAGUAUGUCUCCAGCCACCCUUCAUCAAAGGCAGCGCCAAUGGUUGUGUCUCACUUGCUUCACUUGGUGGAUGGUAAAGAGUCGCUGGAGAACAUGUCUGAAGAUGAGGAUUACGGGAAGCUCCAUCAAAAAACUCCUCUGACGAUGAAGUUAUUUAAAGAAAUGUUGCAGGCAUAUCCUGAAGCUUUUUCCUCAUUCAUCUCAGAACAUCUAUUGAGUGUUGCUCUAAACAUCGCCUAUGAAAGCAACACGGUCGCUGCAUGUUCUCCAAUUAUUUCUCAGUUCCUUCGAGGGAGAACACUGACUCUGAAUGUCCUGAAUUUCCAGUACUUUGAGGACCACCCAGAGAGCCUGCUACUGUUGAGGAGUGUAAAGGUCUUCAUACAUGGAAAGAAAAUGCCACCAAGAGUCUUUAGUUACUCAGUCAUGGAAAAAUGUUUUGAAUCAUUACAGCCACCAACAGUAGAUGAGGACUACGCUCCUGCCUUUGAACAUAUGAAGGAAUGGGAUAAAAAUUUAGCUGAAAAUGAAGAUAAAGUGAGGAAUUUUAUGAACAGCCAACCUCUGCAUCCACCCAACAUCAGUGCUGGCUAUUGGAAACUGUCACCCAAGCAGUACAAGAUCCCUAGGCUGGAAGUUGCAGUGGCCAACAUGGAUCCUGCAGACGAAGCACUGCUCCGCGUCCUAAUGGAAGUCUUCUCAGCAUCACAGAAUAUCGAACUCCAUUUGAACCACAGCAGCGGCUUUCUUGAAAGCAUCCGCCCUGCUCUGGAGCUGCACAAGUCCUCUGUCACCAAGUGCUCCAUGUGUGGACUGGAGCUCAGCGCAGCAGAACAGGAGCUGCUUCUUACCCUGCCUGCCCUGCAGUCUCUUGAGGUCUCAGGAACAAACCAGUCACCAGAUCAACUCUUCAGUAACUUGGACAGGUUCCCAAACCUGAAAGAACUCUCUGUGAGACUAACGGGCAAACCAGAUGUGCUUUCAGUCAUCCCUGGAGAUUUCCCAAGCCUCCACCACAUGGAGAAGUUA